AUGCCCAAGCUUCUGUUGCGCAAAAACACGAUUGUCCCGGCAACGAGCCUCUCUACCCACGCCCAGCCAAUCAUACCCGCUGUACCACUAAUUCCACCAGACACGAUCGACGGCCGUCUUUUUCUAGGUCGACAGCACUUCCUACAAGCAGUCAAAGCACCGUCUGUCAUAGCUGUCAGUGCUNUGCAACACUCCGUGGACGCCAACACCGCCUGCNUCCACCCGGCACAUGGCACUCACACACGAUCCUGCCAUGCGCCAACUACCACGUCAACCGCCGUCGUCCUUGCCCUUGCCGUAAACGCCAUCUCGCCUAUGCCUCNNAUGGCUCCACGCCGCUGGCUGUGGCCCUGCUCCGAUUCCCACGUCCUGAGACUACCUGCCUACCAGAAGCCUUCGCUUCAAGCUUGUCUAAUCCACCCCGAAAAUCCUGACCAGAUCCUGGUCGACGACUCUGACAAUGAUCUUGACGACGACUUCCACACCGCCAAACGCCGACGAAUCGAAUCUAUCGCCCAUGCCUUCCUCAAUGGCCAGCCCAUCUAUAUCCCCUCUGCCAGACUAAAGGGUCCCUUUCCCGCCGACAGAGACUUGUCUCUCUGCCACCUUCCUCUCUCAAGCCCUGACGAGCAACCUGUUUCGCCUCCACCCAUUGUCACCGCCGAUACCUUCAUUCGUCGAAGACCCGAACACCUGCGCCCAAAGUCUGUCACUCCCGACCCUGCUCUCACACCAUCCAAGUCUCGCCAAUCCUCCCCCGUUGUUCUAGAGAAGUCUACAGCCCGUCCGCCAACCUCUCACCACGCCCCUCGCUCAGCUGGGAACAAAACUCUGAGGUUCAAUCUUCCAUCGUCUGCAGUCUCGGACACGAGCACGGUACUGCCGCCACUGCCCAAGUUCGUUGCAAUUAACAAGGCUCCGCUGCAAGCUCGCGAUUCGCCAAACCAGCCACCAACUUCUACCGUGCCAUCUCGCUCGUUACCCUCUCCCAGGGUCCGCAUACCCGAUACAGACUUCGUCUCUCCUAGCCCACCACCCGCCAAAGAUGAUGUAUCUCCAAGCAAAGCCGCUGUAUUGAGGCAAAGACCCGCUUCUCUCUUGAACAAGAUCGGCAAUACCCCUUCCUCAACGCACAAGCUUCCAAGUGUGAAGAAGAACAAACGACCAACCAAAAGAGUCUACCAGGCUGCUAAAUCUUUCGACACUACUUCGCCUUUCAUAUACAGGANNAAGAAUGCCGUGCAGUCAAGAAAGAUAUCUGAGCCGACCAAACCAAAGAGUAUCGAGCCGGAGGAUGUGUUUGUCGAGCCUGCAGAAGUUCGUACUGAACCCAACAUCACACGCGAGCAUGUUUCGAACCAAGUUUUGCCUGGAAAACGCCAUCAUGUUCUCUUCGAAUCAUCUCUUGAUGUUCCAGAUCUGGAGCGAACGCGCACAACGCCAACUGCCGUCGAAGCUGAGCGCUCACCAGACAGUCCUCGCCAUGAUGUUGUACCUGCGAUCAAUAUGUCUUUUGGCCAAGAGUCUUUCGGCAUGGACUUCAAUCUUCUCAAUGGGUCUCUGCCUGUAUCUUCCAGCAGGGGUAAAGACGUGAAUGUCGACGCAGACAAUCAACAUUUGCCAACAGCAACUGUGGCAUCAAAUCUAGACGCCGAGAACAAACCCUCUGACACCAGCGGGGCACAAAGCCGGCAACUCGAGAUCGAGGAAGCUUCUCCGGAUCAUUCCAAUGAAGCUGAGGUUGCGGUAACGCAUGCAACUGAUGUGAAUGAAGAGAAUGAGAAAGCCCGUGACCCAGCAGAAGACACCUUAUCGGAAAUCACUGGUGACCUUAUCGACCAACCAAUGCAGAACAACAUCAUAGGUGGUGUAGCAGAGCCCGAAGACGAUGUUGCAGAAGAGCUGCCAUAUAUCAGCACCCAAGCAGCUAUGCAAGACGCUCACCGUGCUCUCUUUGAUGCAUCUUCGCCAGUACAGCCACAAGAGGAGAAGUUGGAGAUGCCUUUUGAGACGCCAGCGAAACAGGUUACAAGUCCUCCAUCGAGCCCUAUACACACCAUCACACCAUUCCAUCAGUUCAAUGCUGAAUUGACGACCGACACACAGGCUCCUUUGCCUAACACGCAAGCCUUGUUUGACGGGUUCUACUCACCAAUCAAGCUGAGUGCCAAAAAACCCAAGACCGCANAAAGAGCGAGUUUCGCUCCUUCUGUCAUCUUGGAAGAUGUGGAUGACACUGUCACGAGCAUAUUUGACUUCUCAGACGACCAAAUCGUGCGCGAGAACAAUGAACCUGAGAUUGGCCCUGAACAAGAUGAUGCACUCACGACCAACGACCGUGGUUUAUCGCCCGCUCCAGAUCUGCCCAGUCCGGCCGGGCUCCAAGAUCAAACAGAUCCUUCUUCUCCUGAAGACAUGACGAGACCUUCUCCUCCAAAGAGUCCGGCUAAUCGCAGUGAAUCUCCCGAAUUCAUCCUCUCCCAGAAGCCUGCAACCUCGACCAGAGAGCCGGCUGAUCAUACCUUGUCUGCCCUACGGCAGGAUUCAGUCAGCCUCUCAGAGGUGUUGAAUUUCGUCAGUCAAAGAAGAGGUAUAGAUGUGGACGCACUCCUGUCUCAGGCUACGCCGACAUCUUCCUCCCGAAGUACGAACAAGAUGAACCGUACAUCUGCACGUUCAUCAGGAACCAAACCUCGCUCGUCCCUAUCGAGACCACGCUCGUCUCAGUCAAGGCGUUCACUUCCUGAAAAGAGAGUCGGACAGCGUCGGUCUACCCGUCUUUCCCUCUCACAACCGAACCCUCAGCUGGAUGGCGCGAACGAUGGUUCUGACACCGAGUUUGAUGCAGAUGGACCUCCGGCGACACAACCAGACCUGACCUUCACCGGCCCAGGUCGAUCCUUUGCCUUGGCAUCGUUCGAUGUACCUGAUGGUUCUUCUACUAUACCCGACCCUAGUCUUGCGUUCACCCAUGCGCAGCAGAAUGCAACACCUGCCUCGGAGAAGCUUGCCCUUACACCCGGCAGCGCACCACAAAGUACAGGACCGAUAUCCAGUUACCAGCAUGCUCAGAAGCAGUACAGUAGUUUGACCGACCUUGACAGUACUAUGCCAGAUUUGCCGCAAACAUUCUUGCCACCAGUCCGUUGA